UCCUGGUGAGUGAAACCUGUCUGUUUUGCACAGUUAGCUGAGGAUCUGAUAAGAAAAGAACACUGAACUGACGGUCACCCCAGCAGGGACAUGAUGCUCUGGAGAGGACUGAAAGUUUUUUAGACGUUAGUUUUCAGAUUACGCGCAAAGUGUUUCACUCUUGAUUUUACAAUGUUCAGUGGAAAUAAGUUUCCUGCUCUGGACUGGAAAUACCGACAUUAAGAGGAGUUUUUUUUCACGCGUCUUGGAGUACGUUUGGAAAUAACGAUGACUAAUCAGUCGAUAAUUGGGACAGGGAAGACCAUGGUCCCGACCAUUCCGUCUGUUAUGUUUAUUUUCGGGGUGGUGGGAAAUGUCAUCGCAAUUGUUGUUCUUUGUAAAUCUCGCAGAGAACAGAAAGAGACCACGUUUUAUACGCUUGUGUGUGGACUAGCAGUUACGGACCUGCUAGGCACUCUGCUGGCCAGUCCUGUCACCAUCGCCAUUUACGUUAAGGGGUCGUGGCCCGGAGAGGACCCGCUGUGCCAGUACUUUGGUUUCACCAUGCUCUUCUUCUCUCUGUCGGGGCUCAGUAUCAUCUGUGCCAUGUCAGUGGAGAGAUAUAUCGCUAUAAACCAUCCCUACUUUUACAACGACUAUGUGGACCAAAAACUUGCCGGAUUGACUCUGAUAGGGAUCUACAUCUCAAAUGCGCUUUUCUGCGCUUUGCCGCUAGUCGGCUUUGGGCAAGUAAAGAAACAAUAUCCUCAAACUUGGUGCUUUUUAGAGUGGAGGAGCAACAAGACCAGCGAUGCAGCCUAUUCCUACAUGUACGCAGGGUUCAGCUCACUUCUUAUUCUUGCCACUGUUAUCUGUAACGUGCUUGUGUGUGUGGCAUUGAUUCGGAUGCACCGGCGCUUUGUGCGCAGGAUGUCGCUGGGAACAGACGUCGGGCGAAAUGUGGACCCGAGAAGGAGAGGACGUAGCUUUGGGCGUCUGGCUGGUGCAGAGAUUCAGAUGGUCAUUCUGCUUAUAGGCACAUCGGCAGUGGUGCUUAUCUGCUCAAUCCCACUUGUUGCGCAGGUGUUUUUGAACCAGCUUUAUAAAACUCCCGUGGAGCUUCAGUUGGACAAAAACCCAGACCUUCGAUCUAUACGCUUUGCCUCCUUCAACCCUAUUCUUGACCCCUGGAUCUACAUCCUUCUCCGCAAGGCUGUCCUUCUCAAACUCAUUGAAAAAAUCAAGUGCCUCUUUUGUAAAAUGGGAGCAAGGAGGCAACAGAGACAGGGAAACUUACAAUGUAUAGAUGCUCAUCAGCUUUCGUCAGUCAUCUCUAACCAUGACUCUCACUCCUUGAUGUCCCGUGAUCUGCGAGAUGUCACAAGCACUUCCCAGACCUUCCUCUAUCUGCCAGAGGGAAGUGAGCUGUUCACUGGAGACUGUCAGAAGGCAGACAGACUCUCUCGUUCCCAGCCUUCUUCAGUCAGAAAUUCACAAGCCUCUUUUUCCUCUUAUAAGGACAGCACUGAUGCUCAGACCAGAGAAGCAACAAAAAUAAUCACAGAUUUUUCAGCUCUGCAAUGCCAAAAAGAUCCAGCACUUCAAGUGAUGCUGAACACUGAGACAAUGGAGGAGAAAUGCAUCUGAUUCCUUUCAAUAACAGAGAAAGGUUUUCAUAUUGCUUGGAGCUAGAUUUUCUGGCUGUUCCUUCAUAACAGCACAUUUAACUCCCUAAAUAAGGGAAAGACACAUAAAAACAAAGAGUACUGUUAUGAUGUCAGGCACAGGAAGUGAGAAAAUGAUGUAAUCAUGAGUACUUAGCUACCUCAGUGAUGACUAUCUGUCAUUUUGUCCAUGACAGAUGUUCUACAGUGAUCACUGAUGGAUGGAAUUUGAUCCAUUGUGGGAACUUUUGCUGUAAAGUAGGUGUGACCACUAAUCUAAAAUACUGUAAAUGAAAGCAGCAGAGUGGGACAAAAGUUAAUUGCAUGUCCGCUGCCAAUUAUGGAGCAAUUCCUAAAAACAAAUGGUAGUAAAGGUGCUUUUGAAGGAUUUAUUAAGUCACGACUACUAUACAGCACAGUUUUAUAGUAAAGUGAAAAGAGAUGUUCGUUGUUUCUCAGUCACUCAAAUAUAUCAUCUAAAAAAAACUGUCUGACAAUUCAGAGCGAAGGUACAAAAAUUACGAUAAACUGGGAAUCUUCAACAUUAUUUCCCACAAAUGUGUAAGUCAGUGGAGAGAUUUUAAGAUUGCGGCAUGUUAAGCUGACAGCUUGAGCAGGUGACAUGCUUAAUGAUCAAUGUUGUGUAGAAAAUGUUUAUGAUAAAGGAUUCUUCUCUAGGAGAAGGUUAUUGACAAUAAAAACCCAACUUUAGAGGGGUUAUCAGUUUUAUAGAAGUAUUUGUGCAGUUAUAGAUUAUAUGGAACUUUAGCAGUAUUCAUGUUCAGGUAAUAUCUUCAUCUAGAAAUUCAACUAAGAGAGUCCAGAAUUACAGUAACAGUAACAAGGAAACUGUUAACUCUGAAUUUUAUUGGUACGUUCAUUUUUCCACAAUCAGAUUGUUUAAACCAACAUCUCAGUUUCCAUUCAAAUAUGAUAAGUUUGUCCAAAUUAUUUUUAUUUUCUGUUUAAAAUUAUUUAAAAUCAAAACGCUUUUUAAAACUUGUUUAUUUUACAUGAAAAGUCAGUUAAAAAUAGAUUCAGAUGUAAUAUCAGUGAGACAAAUAUAUCUGAUGAUUCUUAUUUUUGUAGUUCUGGUAUCCUCCGAGCAGUUUUAGUCAUCCUGUUCUCUGAUGAUUUGCUUCUUUUUUUUAAAACAGUUUUUAAUGCCCUCUUACGUAAGGUGACACUUCUGCUGCCGUCCAAUAGUUACAGUAUAUAACAGGCUGAACUUCUGAACUCCUGGUUUUGCUUCCCCCCUUUAUAUUAGCGUUAUGUGGCUUCAGCAGCGUUGAGGCAAACCGCCUGCCUCUUCCUACCUUAUUGAAUCGACUCAGAUUGUACAACUGCAUUCUUGCUUUUCUUGUUUCUUCUGUUACCGUGUAAUUUUAGACGAGCUUAUCUGCAUGCAAAAAUGCAGAGAAUAACAACCAUGAAGGUUUGGUUGAAUUAGGAGUGCAACAUACAAGUGGCUUUUAAUUUAUUUAUAAUUGGUAAAUUAUGCACUUUAAUUUAUAUUUUGUUCAUGUUGUGUUACAUGGAAUAUGUGGAUUUUUUUAUUUAGUGUUUCACCUUUUUUGUGGCUUGUAGAAAACAGUUUAAUGUGUGUGUUGAUAACUGAAAACGUAUGUGUGAUCAGAAAUAUAAAAAUGUACAUGUCAUGAUGCAGCUGUAAAUGAAAGCCCCAGUUGUUGUUUCAUAAAAACAAACAAU